ACGCAGGUUGACGUGCCCCCGUCUCCCCAGAUCCACCCCCAACCGCCGGCCUCCCCUCCAGACACGCGCAUCUCCAUCCGGCGCCGUCGCAUACCAGCCAGACGCCAUGUCGGUCAAGUUCGAGAAGGAGACAACCAAGACGACGGCCGCCGUCGCCGACGCCGUGAGCGGCAAGGGUAAAGACGACAUCCUGCACAAUGUCGGCGAGGCCCUGACCAAGGGUGCCGGCCCCAACGGAUACCUUGCAGCGUAUCUCAAGCAGCUGCAGAGCAACCCGCUGCGCACUAAGAUGCUCACCUCGGGCACGCUGUCGGGCCUGCAGGAGUUCCUCGCGUCGUGGAUCGCCCACGACAGGAGCAAGAGCGGCCACUAUUUCACCUCGCGCGUGCCCAAGAUGGCCAUCUACGGUGCGCUGGUAGCCGCGCCUCUCGGGCACGUCCUCAUCAGCAUGCUGCAGAAGCUGUUCCAGGGCCGCACAAGCGUCAAGGCCAAGAUCCUGCAGAUUCUCUUCAGCAACCUGAUUAUCUCGCCCAUCCAGAACAGCGUCUACCUGACGUCCAUGGCGCUCAUUGCCGGCGCCCGCACAUUCCACCAGGUCCGCGCAACCGUCAAGGCCGGGUUCAUGCCCGUCAUGAAGGUCAGCUGGAUCGUCUCCCCCAUCUCGCUGGCGUUUGCCCAGCAGUUCCUGCCCGAAACCACGUGGGUGCCGUUCUUCAACAUCGUUGGUUUUGUCAUCGGUACAUACAUCAAUGCGCACACUAAGAAGAAGAGGCUCGCGGCUCUGAGGCGGAAGCACUACGGCGACGGCGGUGGCAGUGGCAGGAGCCAAGUAGGCGGCAGGCCCGGCGACGAGUACAGCCGCGACCCCCGUGACUCCCGUGAUCCCCGCGACCCCCCGCGUUACUAGACGGCGGAAGCUCCACCAUGCACCACCACAGCGUAAUGUAAAUCGCACUGGAUCCGGGCUGCUCAGGCUUCUGGCACUUGGCGGAUUCUUCUGUACCGUGCGCUUUGGGCUACGAUUCUGUAUAUCCCUCAUGUUUCUUGUUUGAUGAUUUGAUGGUCGGUAGCGCUGCCAUUUGGUCAUGCCAAUCUAUGUUCUGAUAUCCCUCUGCACGUCGUCCC